CGGUUGCACCAGCAGUGCCUGCAUAUCUAGCACAGGAUCACUCUGUGACUUGCCACUUCUCGCUGCGCUUCUGUCAUUCCCACUCUGUCAUUCAGUGUUUUUCUGUAUUGGACUAUUCCUGUUAAUAUAGCAGAAAUGCCAGUCAAAGUGUUUUUUACAAGUGUGAGUGGUUCUACACAGAUUAAGAAGAACCAAGAGAGAGUCUUUUCUAUCUUAAACGCCAAGAAGAUCCUCUUUCAAUCUGUGGACAUUUCUCAGAGUUCUGAUGAUAAGGAUUUAAUGAGGCAGGGAGCAGGAGAUCCGACCGCGCUCCCUCCACAAAUAUUCAAUGGAGACGUCUACUGUGGAGACAUCAGUGCAUUUGACAAUGCAAUAGAGAUGGAACAAUUGGAGGACUUCCUUAAGCUCUGAAAGGAACAGUGACAACAACUACAUUGCCAUAACCAACUAAACCUGUUAAAGAG